AUGUUCGAGAGUUCAGGCAUACUGUGUUGUCACUGCGUUGCUGUGUUUUCAUCUUACAAAGUGAAUAGAGUUCCUGCCUAUUGUGUUCUCCCUCAUUGGAGGAAGAACAUAAAGCAAAAGUACAUCUACAUUAAAAGUAGUCAUGAUGUGAGUUAUUUAGAUAAGAGUUAUAACUUAUUCAGAGAGUUAUGUGCACACUUCUUUAACGUCACUCAGAAAUUCGUGACUUGUGACGACGAAACAACCAUGUUGCAUGCUACUCUGGACAAUGGAAGGACUAAGCUGACUGAUUACCAUACCAAGAUGCGGUCCAAAAGUGUUGCCGAUGCCCUUGAUACAUUGGCCACACAGAGUCUAUGCAUGGUUGGCAUAGAGGACAUUCAAGACCCAUCAAGAGUCACCACAAAUGGUGGGCCAAAAAGUAAAAGGCUUAAAGCUGAUAUGGACAAGUCAAUCAAAAAUCUGUGUGGAGGAAAAAGAGGAAUUUAG